CCCAACAAUAGCGUCUAACUAUGGACGCCAAUGUCGAUUAAAAAAAUCCCCGAUGACUCCCCCAAGACCCCAGCUUCACUCGUAAAUUAGGGCUUCGAGCUUAUACCUAUUUCAAACAACGAUGCUGAACGGUGAUGGAGAGAAGAGCUUGAGCUAAUGCGAAUCGAUCUUCUUCGUCUGUGAACCAGCGAAUCCGGUCAUCUUCUUCCUCUGUGAACCAGUGAAUUCGACCGUCUUCUUCCUCUGUGAACGGAAAUGGUGUCUUAGUUGGAGCAAAUGUACUGAAGGUGUGACAAGUUCACGUGUAAUUAGUGAAGCCUAUUGUCCAGAAACUAAGGUAAGACGGCGUUUGAGUCUGCUACGGGAAACGAAUGGCGGGUGUUUCAGUGCUCAGAGGCGUCGCUCAUGGACGUUCAUCUCUUCUUCACCGCCCUCAGUUCCCGACUUUAAGCAGCUCAGAGAAGUCAAUAAAGUUUCGAUAUCGAUAUCACCAAACUGGGAUUACUGCUUUUGCUCGUUACUCGCAGGCCCAUGAGAUUUUUACCUCUCGUGUUCAAGAUCGUCUUGAGAACUUUCCUAUUCUUGUAGAGGAUAUUGUUCAGACGUCCAUAAAUACAGGUCCGCGUGGAGCUUUAAGGCUUGCCCAAGGUAUCCAAGCUGUAAUUGGGGUUGGUAGUGAGUGGCUGGCUGAUGUCUCAAAGACAGCGAACUCACCCACCGGACUACCAACCGAGAUGCAGCUUGGAUUAUUAUCUCCCAUAUAUUUGAGGAAACUUUUUGAGCGGAUGGGUGCAACAUAUAUUAAGUUGGGGCAGUUUAUAGCAUCUGCUCCCACAAUAUUUCCACCGGAAUAUGUUCAAGAAUUCCAGUGCUGUUUUGACAGGGCUCCUCCAGUCCCGUUUGAAGAAAUUAAAGCAAUCUUGCGUGAGGAACUAGGCAGGCCAAUUGAUGAUGUUUUUUAUUAUGUUGAUCCUACACCAAUCGCAUCUGCAUCUAUAGCACAAGUGCAUGUAGCAAGGUUUAAAGGCUCUCAGGAUGAUGUUGUGAUAAAGGUCUUGAAACCUGGGAUAGAAGAUAUUUUAGUGGCUGAUCUGAAUUUCGUAUACAUAGUGGCACGUAUUUUGCAGUUCUUGAGUCCCGAAUUGGACCGUGCAUCUCUGGUUGCAAUUGUCAAAGACAUAAGGGAGUCAAUGCUUGAAGAAGUUGACUUUACUAAAGAGGCUGCAAAUAUUGAGGCGUUUAGGAGGUACCUUGAGACUAUGGGUCUAACUAGGCAGGCUAAAGCACCAAGAGUGUACCAGCAGUGCAGCACACGUCGAAUCCUGACAAUGGAGAGGCUUCAUGGAGUUCCACUUACUGAUUUAGACUCAAUAAACUCACUUGUUCCUAAUCCUGAGACCAGCCUUAUAACUGCCUUAAAUGUCUGGUUUGGAAGCUUGCUUGCCUGUGAGUCCUUCCAUGCUGAUGUACAUGCUGGCAACUUGUGGCUUCUACGUGAUGGCCGCAUUGGUUUUCUUGACUUUGGAAUUGUUGGUCGCAUAUCUCCUAAAACGUGGGCUGGUAUGGAAAUGUUUUUAACAUCAAUGGGAACCAAAGAAUAUGAUGCAAUGGCUUCUGGCUUAAUUGACAUGGGCGCUACAGGCAAUGAUGUGGAUGCCAAGGCCUUUGCAAGAGAUCUUGAGAAGCUAUUUUCAUCAAUCGAGGAAUUGGAUACAGAAAUAGUUGUUACAGCAGCACGGGACACGAAGACAAGAGCAACCACCAUGUCUGCAAAUGUAGCUUUUGACCAGAGACAAAUGAACACUCUUUUUCUUGAUUUGGUUCAAGUUGGUGAGUCUUACGGGUUGAGAUUUCCUCGCGAAUUUGCACUUUUGAUGAAGCAGAUACUAUAUUUUGAUAGAUACACCAGGUUGUUAGCUCCAAACUUGAACAUGCUUCGUGAUCAACGGAUCAACAUUGCCCAAAGUCAUGGAGAACAAAGAAUCAUAUAGCACCGACUGCUUUCGCUCAUUGUAGAUAAAUACUCUGAUAUCACAUUCCAAUUUACACGGUACAAAGGAAAAAAACACUAGAUCAGUAAUACCUGGUAAUGUAUUCAAGUUUGUGUUGUAAGUUUUUGCAUCUUAGUCCUCUCUAAUGUGGUGUUUAUGACACGUUUGGUACACGUUUUCAAAUUUCCUGCUUUGGUUUGGUACGCGUUUGGUACUUCGAAAGGCUAAAA